AAGGAUGGAGCCAGGAGAGCCCGCGGCGGCGCUCCUCAACCUGUCCCGAGCCGCGGCAGAGGCGCCCCGCGGGGAGUUCAACCUGUCCGGGCUGCCAGAGGCCGAGGGGAAGCCCCUCUUCGGCAUCGGCAUCGAGAAUUUCAUCACCUUGAUCGUCUUCGGUUUAAUCUUCACCCUGGGGGUGCUGGGCAACACCCUGGUGAUCACGGUGCUGGCGAGGAGCAAGCCAGGCAAGCGCCGGAGCACCACCAACAUCUUCAUCCUCAACCUGAGCAUCGCCGACCUGGCAUACCUGCUCUUCUGCAUCCCCUUCCAGUCCACGGUCUACGUGCUCCCCACCUGGGUGCUGGGAGCCUUCAUCUGCAAGUUCAUCCACUACUUCUUCACCAUCUCCAUGCUGGUGAGCAUCUUCACGCUCUCGGCCAUGUCUGUGGACCGGUACGUGGCCAUCGUGCACUCCCGACGCUCCUCAGCCUUGCGCGUUCCCCGCAACGCGAUGUUGGGUGUGGGGCUCAUCUGGGCACUCUCCUUCGCCAUGGCCUCGCCUGUGGCUCACCACCAGCGCAUCUUCCACCGCGAGACCAGCAACCAGACCUUCUGCUGGGAGUUCUGGCCCAACCCACGCCACAAGAAGGUCUACGUGAUUUGCACGUUUGUCUUCGGAUACCUGCUCCCACUGCUGCUCAUCUCCUUCUGCUAUGCCAAGGUUCUUAAUCAUCUGCAUAAGAAGUUGAGAAACAUGUCAAAGAAGUCAGAAGCAUCCAAGAAAAAGACAGCACAGACUGUGUUGGUGGUGGUAGUGGUUUUUGGCAUCUCCUGGCUGCCUCAUCAUGUGAUCCAUCUCUGGGCUGAAUUCGGAGUUUUCCCACUGACUCAAGCCUCCUUUCUCUUCAGGGUAACUGCACACUGCCUGGCCUACAGCAAUUCUUCUGUGAACCCAAUCAUAUAUGCAUUUCUAUCUGAAAAUUUUAGGAAGGCCUACAAACAAGUCUUCAAAUGCCAGAUUGGUAAUGAGUCACUUCUGAAUGAUGCUAAGGAAAAUAAGAGUCGGAUAGAUACACCACCCUCUACCAAUUGUACCCACGUGUGAAUGUUGAGAAGCCCUGUGUGUUGGCUCUUCCUUUAUGUAAACUAAACACCAAGAAAAAAAAAGCACAAUGAGCUUUAUCCUGGGUUUAUCUUGAUAAAGCUAAUUGGUAUUUAAUGUACUGAAGUUGCAUUUGUAACCAAAGUUUGUGAAACUCAUAUGAAAGAAACCUGGGCUGAUCCUUUGCAUCUUAGAUAGCUUUGUGAAAUAAAGGUCUUGGACUUCCAUAGAUAUUUGUGAAAAAAAAAAAAAAAAAAAGUUGAGAUGAUAUGUCUGUAUUCUUACUCACUAAGCAUACAAAGGUACAAGAUGUUCAUGUGGACAGGUAACCUUCUGACAUCUUACUCCAUGAAAGUGAAAAAUUGAUAAAUUUCAUGUCCUACAGAUAAUAAAUACUGGACUACUGUGAUUUCAAAGAAAGCUUUUGUUCUCUUUUCAGAUUGUUUUAACGUUUUUUUCUUUUUAAAGUAAACUUGGGCUCUGAUUUGGAGUUGGAAUAAGUUGUGUACACCUUGAGACAAUUGCUUUAGAGAGGAAAUGCUAUUUCUAUCUGUUUAGCUGGAUUUAAUAUGUCUUACUGAGCAAGGAUGGAUUGGUUUUCCACUUCAUGUGGCUGCCUUGCUGUAUACACAGAGCUCUCGUGUACACUAUAUAGGGGUUUUCUUAUAGCCUGUGUGUAGUUGUACUGAAAUGAGGAUUUGUGUCUGACUGAGGGAAGCUUUUCUUCAUGUGCUGCAUGUGCAUGUGUAUGUUUUCUUAAUUUCAUUGGCCUGGAGAUGGAGAUACAGUUUUAAACUUGCAAUGCAUACAUAUGUUUUUAAAUGUUUCAUAAAAAAGCUCUAGACAAUGAUUAAGGAUUUAAAAGAAGCAUUCCCUUAAAAGGUGUGGGCGGAGCUUGAUACCAUGUAGUUUUAAACUGGAAAUAUAAAGUAGGUUGCAUUUAAAUUAAUUCAAAGUACAUAAGGUAAACGGUACAAUUCUGCAAAUUCUUAAAUAAAAUUAGUAGUUUCCACAACUUUAUAAAUUUACUUAAAAUGUCUUUAGGUGGUAAACCACUAAAGAAAUAAUGAAAAAACAGUUACUCCUUUAAAAACAUUCUUUUAGCUGGAGUAAGACAUGAUUUUACCUUUUUUUAUUAAUGACACAUAGAGUCAUAGAGCAAAUCAAGUUAAAGGAACUUCUGGACAUCCUCUCAUGGCAGGGAAUGCCCUCAGAGCUGUGUCACUUCCUUGUCUAGGCAAAAUCUGAAAAUUUCUAAGGAUGGCAAUUCAACAAUAUUUUUGGAGCAACCUAUGCUAGUGCCUAAUCACCCUCACUAUUUUUUUUCCUUAUCCACAGUUGGGAUUUCCCUUGAUGUAUCUUGUGACCAUUGCUUUCUGUCCUUUCCCUGUCUACUGAAGUUUGUUCUCUAACUGACUGAUGUGUAGAUUUAAGAUGGCCAUUGAAUUUCCCCUCAGCCUUCCCUUCUGAAAUCACUGUGCUGCUCUCAGCCUCUCCU